GUGUCAUAACUCAAAAGUUUCUCAAGCACCAUUUGUGAGGGAAGCCAUGGAUUUAAGUUGCAGAAGGUUACAUUUUUUAGUCGUCCUUACGUUCGCUCUUUCAAGCAAAGGGUAUUCACAGCCUCUUGUUCCUGCCAUCAUUACUUUUGGUGAUUCUGCAGUUGAUGUUGGUAACAAUAACUAUAUUCCAACUCUUUUCAAGGCCAAUUACCCACCUUAUGGAAAAGACUUCGUCAAUCAUCAACCCACUGGAAGGUUUUGCAAUGGAAAAUUAGUCACGGACUUCACUGCUGAUACCCUACAAUUUACGAAUUAUGCACCGCCAUAUCUUAGUCCACAGGCUUCAGGCAAGAACCUUCUUAUUGGAGCCAACUUUGCUUCAGCUGGAGCUGGUUAUGAUGACCAAACAUCCAUCAUAAACCAUGCAAUCCCAUUGUCUAAGCAGUUGCAGUACUAUAAGGAGUAUCAGUCAAAGCUAGCAAAGGUUGCUGGAACCAAACAAUCAGCUUCCAUCAUACAGGAUGCAAUAUAUAUUUUGGGUGCAGGGAGUGGCGAUUUUCUUCAGAACUACUAUGUGAAUCCUCUACUCAACAAAGCCUAUACUCCUCAACAAUACAGCUCAAUCCUUGUCAGCACAUUCUCAAGUUUUAUCAAGACCAUGUAUAGCUUGGGAGCAAGGAAAUUUGGAGUGACUUCACUGCCACCACUGGGUUGUCUACCUGCAGCAAGAACCUUAUUUGGGUUCCAUGAGAAGGGGUGUGUCUCUGGAAUCAACACAGUUGCCCAACAAUUUAACAAGAAGCUCAACUCUUCGGCAGUAAGUCUCCAAAAGCAACUUCCUGGUCUGAGACUUGUGAUCUUUGAUAUUUUCCAGCCACUCUAUGAUCUUGUCAAAAAUCCCUCAGCUCAAGGUUUUGUGGAAGCAACAAGAGGUUGCUGUGGAACAGGAACUAUAGAGACAACAAUAUUUUUGUGCAAUCCACACUCACCAGGAACAUGUUCCAAUGCCUCUCAGUAUGUGUUUUGGGACAGUGUUCAUCCAUCUCAGGCUGCAAAUCAGGUUCUUGCCGAUGCAUUGAUUGUUGCAGGGCUUGCUCUCAUUUGAAGAGGAUAUCAAGUCCUAAAUUAACUGUAAUUUUGCAUUUUAUCUAGUUGAUACUUCAUUUCAGUUAAUCUCUCCUUUGCUACUUCCUUCUGUAAGAUGUCUCAAGUGUAUCACUAUUUGAUGGUUGUCUUAAUACUAAGAGCCAGAAGCUUGUUUUACUAAUUAUGUUGAUG